AAGAAUUUUUUCUUAUUUCCACUAGUAGAAUAUGCUCCCGCAGUUUGUCGGUUAAAACCCGGGACACCCUGUAUAUGCGUCAUGUCUCUCGCAGCACGUUCCCUCAAAAUUUAGAGCGCAUUAAUUAAAUGUUGAAGAAUAUUUUAUUCUAUGUAAUGAGAGGGCAAAACAUUUCUCCACGUUUUUUUCCAAGUUGUUUCCAAGAAGAUAAAUGUAAAGUAAUCUAACAUUAUAACAUCACAAUUUAUCAUUUUGUCAGCAAGUAAUUACCUUAACAAAAUUUGUACCAUUACACUCGCCCUGUCCUUACUGUCCUUAGUGCAGCAAAUUUCCUUAAAAUUAUUACUAAUGGCUUUGGUUAUAUAUCCAGUAGUGUAUUUUUAAGUAUGUUGGAGGGGGGGGGGGUAUGGCACUCUCAGGGUGGGAAACAUGACUAAACAAUCCGAAGCGUCAUAACCUAUCGUAACCUGAGAGAGAGUGUGUCACUUGCCAAAAAUACUACACUUCAAUAAUCAUUUCCGAGUGCAUCAAUAAUGUUUCAACUACGUCAUUUCGCUAAAGUGAUUCCGCGCGCUGUCAGAAACAACGAUGCACGAUUUAUAAGUUUUCUGAAAAUGAAAGAAGCAGUUAAAGAUCUGCUAGGCAUGGAUUCUAAUAGGUUACCGUACGGACACGUUUGUCAAGUUGGCGAUCCUGUCCUGCGAGGUCGCGCCAUGAUGUUAGAACCAGAGGUUAUCAGAAUGGCGGAUUUUCAAAAGGUAAUCCAGCAUCUGAUAAGUGUUAUGAGGAGUUAUAAGGCGUGCGGUUUGUCUGGACCACAAAUUGGGCUGCCGUGGCAAAUAUUCGUUAUAGAACACACGAAAGAGCACAUGAAAAUGCAUCACGAAGCAAUCAGAAAAGCUUAUGAGGAAACUAUCGUUCCAACAACGAUCUUUAUCAAUCCGGAAUUAAAAGUUUUGGAUUAUACCCCCGUUACAUGUUAUGAGGCGUGCGAAAGUAUUCGUGGAUAUACCGCUGCUGUGCCUAGAGCGUACGAGGUGGAAGUUACAGCUCUGAAUGCUUCCGCCGAACGAUUUACGUGGAGAGCACGUGGAUGGUCUGCUAGGCUAGCGCAACAUGAAUAUGAUCACUUACAAGGAAAACUAUACAUAGAUAAAAUGGAGAUUAACACAUUUCAUUGCACGUCUUGGGAAAAAAUUAACAAAUAUAAUGGUAAAGUGCAGUUAAGUUAUUGGCCGAAAACGUAAAAUUGCGAUGUGCAUAUAAAGUAUUUAACUGAAAUAAAUGGUGAAUAAGUAAAUAGAAAUAAAUAAAUUACAAUGCUCACACGAGAA